AUGCCUUGCCUGCUCAAUCCUGGGCUCAAAUCUUGGACUGAGUGUACGAGUGUGGCUGUGAGCAGUGGGCAGUGGCAACAGACGAGCCGCACAGCUGACGGUCUGUACCCGACCCAGGCCCCCAAGGGCCGGGUCAGCGGCCUGCCUACGACCUCCGGCAGCAAGCCCUUCCAGCUCUGGGCCCAAGGGCUCUUCUGCACCGAGCGCAACCUGGCCAGGCGCCUCAAGAACAACAGUUUCUACCCGUUCACGCAGCAGCAGCCCAACGUCUUCGUGCUCGAGUACUACCUGGACACGCUGUGGAAGGGGACGCUGCUCUUCAUCGUCUGCGUCUUCCUCGUCAGCUUCGGGCUUGUGAGCGAGGUGCAGAGGCAGGAGACUUGGGGCUUCCCUGCCUGCGGCGUGGCCGCGGGCCUGUGGCUCAUGAUCUCGUCGCUGCCGCGGCGCCGCCUGGUGCUGAACCACGUGCGCGGCGUGUACCACUUCUCCAUCCAGGGCCGCACCGUGUGUCAGGGCCCCGUGCACCUGGUCUACGUGCGCAUGGCGCUCAGCUCCGAUGCCUACGGAAGGUGCUUCUUCCAGCUGGUUCUGUGCGGCCACAAGCUGGAGCCGCUGGUGCUGGUGCAGCUGUCGGAGCGCUACGAGCAAAUGGAAUACCUCGGCCGUCAUAUUGCCCGGAAGCUCAACAUUAACUACUUUGACUGCCGGGCCACGUCGUACCGGCACGUGGUCCGCCACUGGCCGCCGGGGGCCGCCUUCAGCCCGGGCAUCCUGCUGCACAAGACCGCCUGCAGCCCCUUCCCCCUGCUCCCCCCAAGAGCCCUGGCUGACGCGUCCAUCGCCCAUCGGCCGCACCCACCCCCCACCCCAGCCCUCGCCGAGGCGUCGCCGCACCGCUGCAUCAGGCCUGAACUCCUGGUGGCCUCGAUAUCCCCUGACCUCAUCCUCUGCCUCAACGACGCCCUGGACCCUGUCACCUCCAGCUCUACCCUGAACGAGUGCGAGCGCGAGGGCGGCCUAAAUGAUCCCCUUGGGAGCGCCCGGCCCAUAGGACACAUGUGUCGGUGCUCUGACGCCCGGUCGCUCAAGAGUGUUGGGAGCCUCGGGGACGGGGAAAUUGACAGACAGGCAGGGUCUGGGACAGCGAGCCAGGAAUGGAAGAAUCGAGAAGCUGGAUGA